AACACGUCCGAUUCAAUCGAUCCGAUUGACUCGUGCCAAUAACUCGUACGAGUAAUUCGGUCCGAUUCUAUCGUAUCGUGUAGCAGGCCCUUUAGUGUUGAUAUAUAGUGAUGUGUAACCUUGACGUAGUUUUACAGUUACAGUUAUUUCCCUUGUUCUGAAUUUGCCUUGGUCGACCGCAGCUGUCGUCGUGACGGAUCCUUCCCUCUAAGGUUGAAUAAUGAAUUACCUCAUUAGUAUUCCGGUUGGUGUUGGAAUUGCUGUUGUGUGCAUGACUGCCGUUUUAGCAAAGAUAUUUUUGUUUGGUGACAAGAAGAAGAAGCAUCCUGUGACUCUUAAAGAUCCAAGUAUGAAAUAUCCAUUGAGACUUAUUGAUAAAGAGAUCAUCAGUCAUGACACCAGACGUUUUCGGUUUGCUUUGCCGAGUCCAGAGCACAUUCUCGGUCUUCCUGUUGGACAGCACAUUUACCUGACAGCUCGAAUAGACGGUCAGCUGGUAAUCCGUCCCUACACUCCCGUCUCCAGCGAUGAUGAUGUAGGCUACAUGGAUCUUGUCAUUAAGGUUUACUUCAAGAAUGUUCACCCCAAGUUUCCUGACGGCGGGAAGAUGUCUCAGUAUUUAGAGAGCAUGAAGAUAGACGACUUCAUGGACGUACGUGGACCCAGUGGACUCCUGCAGUACGAGGGCAAAGGUGUGUUCAAAAUCAAACCGGACAAGAAGGAAGAGCCCGUCACGAAGGUUUGCAAGAAACUCGGCAUGAUCGCCGGAGGAACUGGAAUUACACCCAUGUUGCAACUUGUACGUCAAGUGUUGAAGAAUCCGGAAGAUAAAACGGAAUUGUUUCUGCUUUUCGCUAAUCAGACCGAGGAUGACAUACUCUUGCGACCGGAACUGGAUGAAAUUAAGGACAGUCAUCCCAAGCAUUUCAAACUGUGGUACACUCUGGACCGACCAAAGGAUGGGUGGGAGUACAGCAAGGGAUUUGUGAAUGAUGAGAUGAUCAAGAACCACUUACCUCCACCGGGUGACGACACUCUGAUCCUGAUGUGUGGACCCCCUCCCAUGAUUAACUUCGCCUGCGUGCCUAACCUCGACAAGCUCGGGUAUUCACCGAGUCAGCGCUUUUCUUACUGAGGACAUUCUAACAGUUUUUGUGAUCAACUGGGAGAUUAUUUUCAACAUGUCCAUCUGACAAGAAUUCUCUGCUCAUUUUCAGAAAGCAUUACUGAAUUGCAUUAUUUGAGAAACUGUUUUUAAAGUUGGGCACAUGUUUGUAACAGCUGUACAAUACAUGUUCUUGGUUACAGUGCUUAUUUGUUUCAAUUUUUAUUUCUCAUUGCAUAAUAUAUUUUGCUUAUAACAUUAGCCCACCUUGGGAAAGCUGCAUACAAUAUACCGGUUUUAUAUAACUGAGGUUGCAUGUACAUUCGGCCAAUAUUGAAGGUUUUGUUUUUUCAUUUAAUCUUUCAUAUAGGUAACAAGAACUAUAUAUCUUAUUUUGUCUAUAUAUUUAUUUUACUUACUGUAUAUUUUUAACAAAAAAAAAUAAAAAUUGUUAUUUAAAAAUAAAAUGAUUUUUUUGUCCCUUUGAUAUCUUGUUUUUGAUCCAUUAGUUGUCAAGAUGUUUGACUAAACACUGAUAUUUUUUGUUUAAGGACAGUUGCAUGAUUUUGAGUACUAUCAAAUAUUGACACAUUGUUAUUGACUAUAAAUAUUGAGAUGUAUGUUGUGGUUAAGAAAUAUAUUGUACAGAAUCAAUUGUAUUGCUGUUUGUUCUGGAGAAUAUGUUGUAUUAAACAUAUGUUCAUUUAAAUAAACAAUACUGCUGCGUUCCUAAUGGAUUUUGUAUUGAUGGUGCAAGAUUUUUUAUUUUUCUAUUUUCCUUCUCCAUUUUUCAGUGAAUAAUAAAUUUGUUUUUUAAAAACAAUUUGGAAGCAAGAUAUAAGUCCACUUGGCUCCAGUUUCGUAAUGCUGAUUAGCCUCAUUCUCUAAUUGGGUAUGAAAGGUUUGUACAAAUGUAUGUCACAUAUGAUGUUUAUUAUCAUGUAUACAAUACUCUUCUACUUCACAUCUGAUUGGUGCUUGGAUAUGUUAACAAACUUAUUGUUUAUUUUGUUGUAUAAUUUGUAUAAUAUACUACUGGCAAUAGCUGGUCGGAAUUUCUCCAUUUGCUCAUUUGGUACAUCACAUAACAUUGUUUUCUGUAUGGUUCAAGGUUCAAAUCCCUUUGGUGGAGGUUGAUUUAUCUGUUAGUCGUUUUUAAUAAAUGGUAUAUUUGAUUGCAAGUUAAAAAAGUCUGUUUCUUUUAUUACAUGUACUAGUGAUUAAACAGAGUAUAAGUUCGUACGGGUGUUUGGAAAAUGUUACAUAUUUGAUUUUCAGUUAACAUGUUUUUCAUUUAGCAUUCUUAAAAUUUGUAAUAUAGGAUAGUGGAAGAGUUUAUGGUACAAAAAAACAAAACCAUUUUUUAAUAACUGGCAGAAAAGUACAUUAAUUUUAUAGUAAUAAUGUCUGGCUGUAUUUCAAUUACUAGUAGUUGAUUUAUUUUUGGAUCGUUGAUAUUUAAAAUCUUUUCAAAAUUAGAAAAAACCCCACUAUUAUAUGAAUUUGUUCUGAGUUUUAAAAUACAGAUUGCUCCAUCAGGUUCAGACAGAUGCAAUCUGGGCAUAGGUUCUGACUUGUCCAGCAUUCCUACUAAACCUACAACUAAUAAAGUUAUGAAAAUAACCAAUUGUAUAUGAAAUGUGUAACAUUUCCUGCAGGCUGUGUGGGGUAAAGCAGGAUUGACCAAUCCACAAACCCUUUUUCUUGGCUAGUGAUUUUUGGUUUGGGCUAGUGGAAAUUAUCAACUAUAUUACUGUAAUACAUGGGGCACCAGCCAAAGCUUGUGUGAAGGCUUUUGAUUUCCUCAAACACCUGUUGAACACUGCAUAAAGUCAAAUUUAAAAGCUUACUCUUGCACACCACCAUACAAAUCUCAGUAGAAAUGUUGCUUCAGAAUAAAUUCCAUGAAAAAUAGUAUAGGCUAUCACAAAAAAAUAAAUGACUGCUAGUACCACUGUUUGAACCUACAUACGCUUGGUAAGUGGCAUUAAAAAAAACUCAUCAAUACAGGGUGACAACAAAUAUUUGGAGUUGUCCACCCACAAGCCAGAGCACUGUUUCACUUUGCUCUUAGGGUUUCUAUUUAUAGGUGACGUACAUACAACUGCUGUUACUGGUCAGGUCAGGUCAUAGGGUUUAACGUGCACAUUCAGAACAAGCUGUUGUAGCGCACGCCUGUCAUGGUCACAGGAGCCGGCCUCUGCAGCUCCUCCGUCCAGGACAGAAAGUGUUACUGGUUGUAAUAACAGUAACAAAUAAUGCCCCAAGAUUGUUAUUUAAAUAUCACAAACAUCAACAUAGAUGUACAUAUAAUUAUCAAAGAAAACGUUUUAAAAAUCAAUUAUUAACUUUAAAUUAUUAAUUUUUUAAUGAAGACCUACUUCCUAAACCAGACUUGUAAAUUGCUGCUAGUUAUAACAGCAUAAUAAAUGGUGGUGUGAUACCUAAAACCCACCCUUGUCAAACUACAUUGUAGUGUGAUUUACAUGGAUGUGUGCUGCUUGCCAGGUGUGUUGUUACCUUCAAAAAGGUGCUAUAUUCAUGGUAUGUGCUUUUGAUGCAUUUUCGGUCAUCUUUGCUGUUUGUUAGGUAGAUGUUUGCCUUCAGAAAUAAAAGCUUUUUGAUACAAA